UCAGUGACAGGGAUCCCGUUUACUUCCAGGGACGAAAAAAUGUAACGUUUUAACUGCGGCAGAGAGGGAGUUCAGACUAUUUUUGCAUUGGCUUAUAUCAAUUGUGUAUAUUUUCAUAUACCGAUGUCACUCGUGAGGACAAUUACCGUAAGCCUACAGCUGUUACAACGUCAUUAAGAUAGUCUCGUGUGGACACGGUGGACUAGAGUCUACUAAACGGACCACGACCGAGGCGCGCGCACAGUAGCAGGCUGAAGACGCAGUCUACUUCGCCCUGAUGUUUGAGUGACUGAGUGACUGCUGUAAAAAGGAGGAAGAAUAAAGGCAACGGAAAUCUUAAAUGAACUAGUUCCUCCUCUUCUGAAGUGUUGGGAAUAGCCAAACUUCCUGCAGCCGCCACCAUGAACCUCUCCAACGAGACGACUCCACAGUGCUUCUCCAUCAACAAUCCCCCCUUCAACUUCUCCCACACCAUUGCUUCCGUCUACUUCUCCACUGUGUUCAGCCCUCUGGGCCUCACCUUCAACCUCAUCGCCUUUGUGGUCCUCCUCAAGUCCUUCCAGCGCACGCACAGCCGCUCGCGCUCCUCCUUUCUCGUCUUCCUCUGCGGCCUGGUGGUCACCGACUUCAUGGGCCUCCUGGUCACCGGCAUUAUCGUGAUCACCUUCCACUUCACCCAGUUCAACUGGCGCCGCCUGGACCCGCACUGCCACUUCUGCAACUACAUGGGCAUGUCCAUGGUCUUCUACGGCCUGUGCCCACUGCUGCUGGGCGCCACCAUGGCUGUGGAACGCUUCGUGGGCAUCAACCGGCCGUUCGCCCGCUCCACCAGCAUGAACAAGUCGCGGGCCGUGUGCAUAGUGCUGAUGGUGUGGGCGGUAGCGGGAUGCAUCUCACUACUGCCCCUGGUGGGUGUGGGGAGCUACCACAUGCAGAUACCAGGCUCCUGGUGCUUCUUCAACAUUAGCUCUAAGGCUAGCGACAUGGUCUUCUGUCUACUCUUCUCUCUGGUCGGGCUGCUGUCCAUAGCCGUGUCCUUCCUGCUCAACACGGUGAGCGUGGUGACCCUGGUCAAGGUGUGCUGCGGCCAGGACAGCAUGCAGCGUCGCCGCGACUACGAGGUGGAGAUGAUGGUGCAGCUCAUCUGGAUCAUGAUGAUCGCUACCAUCUGCUGGUGCCCCCUGCUGGUGUUUAUUGCGCAGACUGUGUUGUCAGAGAGCCCACUUCAGGUCCGCAACCUGCUGCUCUUCAUCCGUUUCGCCACCUGGAACCAGAUCCUGGACCCCUGGGUGUACAUCCUGUUUCGGCGCGCCGUCCUUAAGCGCCUCUACCCCAACUGGGACUGGUCCCGGGGCUCCAUAAGGACCCUGUACCCGGCCUCCUUCGUCGGCACCAUCCGCCGGUUCACCCGUUCUUCCCUGGGCGGUGAUGUCCUGGGGGGUGGCGAAAGGCGCGUGUCAGUCGAAACUCAGUCAUUUAACGUGAAGGCUCCACCUUCAUCGCCUUGACUGUUUCCUGUUGUUGUGCAUUGGUACUCCUCCUCGUCAGUGACAUUUUUAUUUAUAUGUUUUUUAGGUGCUGUUUAAACAGUUCUAAAAAGAGACUGAACAUGGAUACGGCUGUGGCAUUCCACUGAGCACAAACAGGUUGAAUAAACGUAUUGUGACGUGGAAUCUGUACAUUGGAAUUGAAAAAAUGUCAAAUGUUUUUUUCAACCACAACGUUAUGUUGUCAUUGUAACCAAUUUUCAACAUAGACAAACCUUGUAUGAAAUAUGUUGCAUUUGUAUCUUUGAAACAAUGGCAGAACUUCAACGUUAUAUCCACUAUCAGAAGAAGAAGAAGAAAAAAAACAGGCUGAGCAGCACCUCCUACUGGAGAGAGGAUCUAUCUACAACUAUACAUGUAGUUUCCCAUCCAGGGUUUCCACCAAGCUCAGCCCUACUUAGUUGUUACGUACUAUGUCACUGACUACUACCAAUGUGCUAUUGUGAGAAUGAUUAUUGAGAGAUCUCUUAAUAACUAAAUAUAUUCACUGUUGCUAUCAAAGUAUUUCCAAAGGGUAGGUUUUAACAGUGCAAAUGAAUUGUAACCAUACUUUAUAAGUCAUGUAUCAUCAAUUAUACUAUUUAGGCCUAUAUAGUAUUUGCCAAAGUCAUCAACAGCUAUUGUUUCAAUUCAACCAUGGUAAAAAAAUAUAUAGAAACUGGGUGGUUCGAGCCCUGAAUGCUGAUUGAUUGACAGCCGUGACCUUAUACCACGGGUAUGACAAAAUAUUCAUUUUAACUGCUUUAAUUACAUUGGCAACCAGUUUAUAAUCGCAAUAAGGCACCUCAGGGGUUUGUGGUAUAUGGCCAAUAUACCACGGCUUAGAGCUGUAUCCGGGCACACGUUGCGUGGUGUGUAAGAAUAGCCCUCGGGCUGUAUUGCUUAAAUAGACAAUACAUAUAGGCUUAGGGUUUCAAGCUUUGGUUCAUUUCAAAUGUACUCUUCAAGGUAAUUAUUAAUAUGUUGUAUUCAUGUUUCCAUCUCAACCAAAAAUGUAAGUUAAAGAAUAUGGACUAAAUUUAAAUCAAAGUUUAUUUAAUGUGCAUUUAAAGUUUGAUUUGAUUUAAUUUAGUCCUAUUCUUUAAGUUAGAUUUUUGUUUGAGAUGGAGACGUGAAUCCAACAAUUAAUUUGUAGACAAACUGAGUGUUGAAUUGGGUUUGACUGUCUACGCAGGUAAAUAUCACCAUAGAUAUUCUGUUUGGAAGAUAUAGUCCUGAAACAAAUCUUGGGUUGCUAGAGACGCGACCCAGUAGUUCAGUCUUUUUGUUCUGUAUCUAUGGACCCGUCCCAGUCAUUCAGUCUUUUUGUUCUUUAUCUAUGGACGCGUCCCAGUCAUUCAGUCUUUUUGUUCUGUAUCUAUGGACCCGUCCCAGUCAUUCAGUCUUUUUGUUCUGUAUCUAUGGACGCGUCCCAGUCAUUCAGUCUUUUUGUUCUGUAUCUAUGGACCCGUCCCAGUCAUUCAGUCUUUUUGUUCUGUAUCUAUGGACGCGUCCCAGUCAUUCAGUCUUUUUGUUCUGUAUCUAUGGACCCGUCCCAGUCAUUCAGUCUUUUUGUUCUGUAUCUAUGGACGCGACCCAGUCAUUCAGUCUUUUUGUUCUGUAUCUAUGGACGCGACCCAGUCAUUCAGUCUUUUUGUUCUGUAUCUAUGGACGCGACCCAGUCAUUCAGUCUUUUUGUUCUGUAUCUAUGGACCCGUCCCAGUCAUUCAGUCUUUUUGUUCUGUAUCUAUGGACGCGACCCAGUCAUUCAGUCUUUUUGUUCUGUAUCUAUGGACGCGACCCAGUCAUUCAGUCUUUUUGUUCUGUAUCUAUGGACCCGUCCCAGUCUUUUUGUUCUGUAUCUAUGGACGCGACCCAGUCAUUUGUUCUAUACCCAUACUGGCUGACAAUGUUCUUAUCCCUGGCUCGCUAGCUAGCCAACUACGUCUAACUUACAGUUACGUCAAAAAGUGCAGCCAGAAUAACAGCAAAGUAGCUUUAUUUGCGUUUGUUUAAGCUGUUUUCUAGUGACAUUUAUUUGGAUACAGUACAUCCAUAACAAUAAGCUGGUGAGGCGAGAUUUCGCCUGGCAUAGAAAAUGUGGUCACUCGUCAGGACACUGUUGUUCAGAGGAGCUAGCCAACAACACAGCUACAGUAAUACAAUCACUUCAAACUGAAGCUGGAAAGACUGCAAAUGAGCUGUGUUUCAUUUGACCUUUUUUCAAUUGAAUUUUUUUUUGUAUCCAUAAAAAUGAUGCCAUCUGAAUUAUGAUUUAGACUGACUGAGAAACGCUGCCUGCCUUUCUGUCUCGUCCAGACUCAUGACAUGUUCAUUACUAUGGGGCAGCUGGUGAAAUCGAAUUUGAAUAUUGAAACAAUGUUGCGAAUGUCGGAGAGACUGACAGCAAGGUUUAUACAAAUCUCCGCUGUUGAAAACUACAUUUUAGUCUAAAAGACAUUAGAUAAUAUCUAGAUGCUUUUUAUAGUGGAGAUCAAGUGUAUAAAGUGCCUGGCUGGGCUGAUGAGACAGUGGAUUGCGCAGUCAGAUGGAAAAAAGUAAACAGGCAUUUUAACGUCAUAGAUUUAGCCGGUGGCAAUUUGUGGAAUAGACACCAACUGGAAUGCGAUUUUAACCAAUCAGCAUUCAGGAUUAGACCCACCCAUUGUAAAAUACUUUGUAGAAGCACCUUUGGCAGUGAUUACAGCUGCACUUUAGUUUCUAGGCCCAACUGUUCGGACGCUACAGACAUUUUCGUGAGAAGACCGAUUUUCUGACAAACACAGCUGUAGCUCGGCCACUUUCCAACACCGGUGAGGAAGUCCGACAGAGGUGGAUGCGUUGGAUUAAGACACAUCCGUAAUCAUAGAAAGCGUGCAUGUUCGACAUAGCAUUCAAAGAUCGCAGGUCUGUGGAGAUCUUCCCAAUUGCUAUAUUAAUCUGCGCAGAAUCUCAAACAGCAUUGAUCACUUGCACCAUGCUCUUUUAAUGUAAUCUCAACUACAAUCCAGGUCAUUUGGUUGUGCUAUUAGAUAAAGCACAUUGAUAAAACAUUUCAGUAGUUGUAUAAAUACUAAAUGUCUGACAUUGUAUUCCCAUUUGAACAUUGUUGUGCUUCUAAAUGGUUCAAAGUGCUGUGAAAACACAUUUAGAUGACAGAUAAACCAGAAAUCAGACAGUUUUUCCAAUGGAAUUUGGUUGUGCUUUUAGAUGGUUGAACACAUAGUGAAAACACAUUGGGAAUUAAACACACUUCUGGCUGUCUUUUAGAGUGGGUCCGUAAAGGUUGAAAUCUCAUUGAUCAACGUCUCAACCAAAUAUUACCAAAAAUGUCCAAGUUGAAAUGGCACGGUGUGCCCAGUGGGAUGGCAUUGGAGCUGAGAGCUGGUUAUUCCUGUGCCCUGAGCACAUGAUGUUGCCAGUGGGGUGAUAUUGUGUGGUGGUAUUCAGCAUUGUUUAGUAGAGACCAAGGAAAUGUAAUUAGAGCCUGACAGCAGCAUCUGGUUUAGAUUUAGACUGUGUGACGUAUCGCUGUGCUCAUCAGUCACACAUAAAAAUGGACAAAUGAAGUCCCUUCCUACACCAGAGUUUAUAUUGAAGGAUGCACUUCCUUAUCAGAUUCCAUGCCAAAGACCACCGGUCAUGGUGUGUACGUGACUAUCUGACUUAAUUUUUAUGUGUUCAUGUGAAAGUGUCACUGUGGUUAAGUGUAUGCUUAUGUGUGUGUGUACUAACUUUCUCCUGUUGCUAUGCAGCAGCUUCACCUGACAUUAAUCAACCACAUGUAUUCAUCACCAAAAGGACAACUGUCAUCGGCUCUGUUGAGGUAUCUAGCCUCCGCUGGCACAGUGCCCUUCGUUGGUUGGCCGACUGCCCUAUCUCCCUGUCUGCUUUUUGAAUCCUAUGACCCUCUGUUCUGUCCUCAUGUUCAACUAUGGUUGAGUUUUAUACCAGUGACGCAUGGAUGGGCCAAAGAAGAGGUGUUACUAUGUCGUUUUAUGUAUACACUUCCUAUGAAAGAUGAGAGAUGGUCCCUGAUGAUAUGGACAGGAAUUCAUCAAUACGUUAAUCAUCCGCAUGUACACCGGUAUACUCUUCUUUUUUAAACAGUGUUACAAAUUCAAGUGAUCAAGUUUCAAAGUCAACCCAAAGCUAGGAAAAGUGUUAGACUGUUUAAUGUGUUAAAGACUGUGAAAUGAUGGUGAGGAAGAAUGCAUGUCAUGUUGCAUGUUAGUUCACUAUGUAUGUGUAUAAUGUGUCUUCUAUUUUUUGAAGGAAAACCGAUGAAACGAUGUAAUGUCUGGCUGUGUGGGGUUUGAUGUAUGCUAUGAUGACACAGGUGUCUGAGCAUGUACAAUGCAGAUGUAACAUGUAUACAGUCGGUGGAAGUUGGUAUGUAUUUUCUCCCAGGGGAAAUAAAAGCUGAAAGGUUUAACUAAAA